AUGACGGCAACGCGAAAAAAAAGUUCGACGCCGCCAGGCCUCCACGCGGCGUCCUCCUCUACUACGGCCUUUGAAGUGUUGCCUUCCUUUUCCCCGCAUUCGUCGCCGACGGCAGCGGAAAGGGCAGGGCUGGAGCCUUUGGCGAUCGGCUUUAGCAUCUUUGCCACCGCCUUCCACGACGCACGGGCUAAAACGCACGCCUUGAAGAUUUUAAUGGACCUGAUGAGCACAUCCUACACCAAACAGCAGAAAAACAUCUGUCGCUUUGCCAUCGGCUUUGGGGGCAGUGCGGUCGAUGGGAACUCGAUCCUUUGGUCGGAGCCCCAGGCGGGCUUUGUGGAUCGCGUUUUACAAUCCACCGCGGUCUCGCACCCGCAGCGAUUGCCUUCCUUCAUCCAUUUUUUGGAUUCGCACCGCAAGACGGACGGAACUUCCCCCGACGAGUGCGAUGAGGUCUUGUCCGGCAGCCGUUCCCGCUCCACUAGUCCGACGGCGGGGCUUGAAUUUCCUUCCCACAAGCGCUCGCGGCCGCCAUCGCGCCAAUCUUCCCUUUCAGUUGAGAGCACCAAAGCGGAUAACUCCGAGAACGCGGCGAUGGCGAACCGCGAAAGCGAGUUCGCAGGCGAAGUCCACAACCCAUCGCUCCCCUUUGAAGAGAAAAACGAUUCGGGUGCUUUGCAGCCAACCCUAAAGCAGGAUUCCGUUCACAACCCCCCCCUGUGGCCCUCAGGUCGACCUGCGAGCCAUGCCAAACUGGUUUGCGUUGGGGUUUUAUCGGCCUCCAAGGCCGUCCCUCGAGAGGUUUGCCGGCAUGCCAAUGCGAUUCUGCUUUACAAUGUUCUCCCCCAGGGGGUUGGCUACCCCCUGGGGGUUAGUUCAAUAGACGGUAGCCAGCGAAAACUCCAACCCUUAGACAACGUUUUGGCUCUUGCAAAUGCGUUGAUGGGUCAUAACUAA